ACCAAUUCUCUCCGUGGCGAUUGAAUUAUCUAAAUCAAGAAAACAUUUGGGGCAGUUUUUUUUUCUUCAUCUGCAGGAAUAUGCCAACAACCAGAUCGUCGUCAUCUUAUGUGGUUUCAAUUUCUGGUUUUGAUGAUACAUUAUCUUCUAAACCAGCUUUACAUGGGUCACAUUAUCCUUCCUCUCCCUCAUCCUUGUCUCAGGUUCCAUCAACAUCAACUUCACAGGGUGAUAAGGUUCACUGCCCUUUCAAAGGCUAUGAUAGUUGCGGUGAUGGUGUUUGUGGCAGGGGUUAUGCCAAGAGCUCAAUCUAUAGACAUAUAACUGAUAAGCACUUCCCCACUGAGAAGGACAAAGAAAUAUGCAGAGAACGUAUAAGAAGUAGUCUUGAUUGCUUGGGAAAGUGUCUUACUUGAUAUGCAAAUGUGGUUGUGCAUUCAGUGUCUUCAUAUCCAUGCAUGGAAUAAGGCGUGUACUUCAAAAUCACAUCCUUCUGAUGUUAUCGCUGAUUUCCUCAUCCACGGUGUCACGAAACCACAUAUUGAUGCACUGAGCAACAAUAUGGAAUCAGGCAGUACAUAUACAAACGAUGCAUCAGUUGGUUUAACUUUGGACAUGUUGGACACUGUUUUUCAAAGACGCAUUACAACCAUUGCAAGCAUACCCCCUCCCUGCAGACUGCAAUUUUCUCGAACACUAAAGGCAGCCUUGGAUAAAGUCCUUGCCAAACCUGGUGAUCUGCAAGCUUGGAUACAACUGUUGUUUCUUCCCACUUGCACACUUAAUCUAUAUGCACCCAAAUGCCCUAUUGACGAGAGAUCUGGUACACGCAAGAAAUUGCAGAUUGCUGCAAUCAAUCAAAACUUGAGUGUUUGGAGAGAGCCUAGCGGCUGUGCAGCUUUGGUUCAACAAUUACUGAGUCUUUCCAAGCAAUCAAAAGCAAAUCGCAAACCAACCAACAAGAAGAAAAGGAAAAAGAUUAGCGCCAACAUCGUUGCCUGUAAGAAAAAGAUUAGUUAUGGCCAUUACGCGGCUGCUAUCCGCGUACUAUCUUCUAAUGGCUUGGCAACUCCUAUUCCUGAUACAUUACAAGACCUACAACUUAAAUACCCACCCGCACCACCUCCGUCUAUCCCUACAUAUGACACCACUACACCGUCUUUAGAAGUUGAUGUUACUGAAGUACUCUCGGCCAUUAAAAGCUUUCCCAAAGGAACCUCCUGUGGGAGGGAUGGCCUUAGGGCACAUCAUCUGCUAGAUGCAAUCAGUGAUACUGUUGCCACGGUUUCUGACGAGCUGCUACUUUCAGUCACAUGCGUAGUUAAUUUGUGGUUAGGUGGUAACUGCUCUCCAUCCCUUGGAGAAUUCAUUACAAGCGCUCCUUUAACACCACUUCUCAAGCCAGGAGGAGGAGUGAGACCUAUCGCUUAGGAACAAUCUGGAGGCGACUUUACUCUAAACUUGCAGAAACUUCAGCUUGUAAGCAGUUAUCUUCAUAUUUGGGCAAUUUACAGUUUGGAGUGGGAACAUCUUGUGGUGGUGAAAGCAUAUUACAUGCUGCCAAUAGAUUGUUAGAAUUACAAGGGGAUUGCGCUACUCAAACAAUGAUGUUAAUCGAUUUCACCAACGCCUUUAAUCUCGUCGACAGAUCAUCUAUGCUUAAAGAGGUCAGUCUGCACUUCCCUAACAUCUCAAAAUGGGUUGAGUUUUUCUACUCAAACCCGGCUAGACUUUACUACAAUGAGCAUGUACUCUCCUCAUCUAAGGGUGUUCAACAGUGAGACCCACUUGGUCCCCUCCUUUUUGCCCUGAAUUUACAUCCUCUAGCCAUCAAAAUUGAAAAUAAGUGCACACUGAAUUUUCAUGCUUGGUAUCUCGAUGAUGGGACCAUCGCUGGUGAUACAUUUGAAGUAGCCAAAGCCUUGCAGAUCAUUAAACAAGAGGGACCAGUACGAGGUUUGUUCUUGAAUAUUACUAAAACUGAAAUCCUUUGGCCUAUAACUGAUCCUAGAAGCUAUGUAGAAGAUAUAUUUCCUUCCAACAUUGGCAUGCCUGAGCUUGGUGUAAAAUUAUUGGGGGGGGGGGGGGCAUUCAGUUUAAAUAAAUAAUUUUGCAGCAAUAUCGUGAUCAGCAGGGUUGAGAAGACAAUUCACUUAAUGACCAAGGUACAAAAGCUUCAGGAUACACAAUGUGAGUUAUUAUUAUUACACAACUGUAUCGGCGUUUCCAAGUUAUAUUUCACAUUGCAAACCACCAUUCCUAUGGCCAUACACUCUGCGACAUCUCUUUAUGACCAGCAUCUACUUCAAUACUUACGACAAUUAGUGGUUGGAGAUGGAGCAGGUUUCGGCCCCACGCAACAAAGGUUGGCCACCUUACCCUUUAAAUAUUGUGGCUUUGGUGUUUACACAAUGGAGGACACCGGAAAAUAUUGUUAGUUGGCCUCCUAUUUGCAAACUCAACACUUACAACAUAGUAUCCUACAACAUCCUCAUAUGAUCCACGUCUGUGUUUUGAACAAGCUCUGCAGACCUUUAAUCAAGCAUGUGGUUCAACAGGAUCCAAAUUCAAUAUCAACGACACUGCCCCCCAUUUCAUGAAGUCCCUGGCAGCAAAAUACUUUGAUGUUGUUAAGGAAAAUUUACCCUCAUGCUUUGAUCUAACAAACAAAGAAUCUAUUUUGUUGAAACACAACAUGGUGAAACACAGCAUGGAUUUCUUGAAUGCCAUUCUUAUUGCCGGUUUAAACCAAGCUGUUGGACCAAGACAAUUUAGUGUCGUACUCUAAUACCGAUUAGGUAUUCCUUUCUUUGAAGCCAGGAGUUCGUUCAGCAUCUGUGCGAGGCCCAUGGACAUAUACGGUGAAAAUGCGGGGGUCGAACAACCACACCCAACAAUUCGUUUGGAAAUCUGAGAGUACUU